GACACACACACCCUCCUGCUUCCACUCGCCUUUUUUUUUAAAACAAUUCUUAGUUCGGCUGUAAAUUUAACCCAGCCAGACGAAGCGUCUCAGCGAGAAAUCUCAUCGCGACGGCUCUUGAUAUCGCAAGCGGCAAAACAUUUUUUCGAUUGAAACAGCCUUCAGAAAUACAACAUGGAGUCGCCUCCUGAUCCGACGAGCGAGCCGGGUAAGAGCGCCUCCGAGGCGGCGAGCGCGGUCAGGGAGAGUCCGCUGAACCUGGACACGCUGCGGAAAGCCGAGCACCAAGCGCCGGUGCGCAGACACAGCUGCUCCAGCACCAACAGAGGUAUUUCAGUAACAAAGAAGACACACACUUCUCAAAUUGAAAUUAUUCCCUGCAAGAUCUGUGGAGACAAAUCAUCAGGCAUCCAUUACGGUGUGAUAACAUGUGAGGGCUGUAAGGGUUUCUUCAGGAGGAGUCAGCAGAGCAAUGCGGCAUAUUCGUGCCCACGUCAAAAAAACUGCCUGAUCGACCGUACCAGUCGAAACCGCUGCCAGCACUGCAGGCUGCAGAAGUGUCUGGCUGUGGGCAUGUCACGGGACGCUGUGAAGUUCGGGCGCAUGUCAAAGAAGCAGCGGGACAGCCUGUAUGCCGAGGUGCAGAAGCAUCGUCUCCAGCAGCAGCAAAGAGAGCAGCAGCAGCAGCCGGGUGAGGCUGAGCCACUCACGCCUACCUACGGGCUUUCAGCAAACGGCCUGACCGAGCUGCACGACGAGCUGAGCGGCUACAUGGACGGCCACACGGCUGACGGCACCAAGCCUGACUCAGGCGUCAGCAGCUUUUACCUGGACAUUCAGCCCUCGCCCGACCAGUCUGGCCUGGACAUCAACGGCAUCAAGCCAGAGCCCAUCUGCGACUUCACGCCGACCUCAGGCUUCUUUCCAUACUGCUCCUUCAGCAACGGCGAGACAUCCCCCACCGUCUCCAUGGCCGAGCUAGAGCAUCUGGCCCAGAAUAUCUCCAAGUCCCACAUGGAAACAUGUCAGUAUCUGAGAGAGGAGCUGCAGCAGAUGACCUGGCAGGCCUUCCUGCAGGAGGAGAUGGAGAGCUACCAGAACAAGCCCAGAGAAGUCAUGUGGCAGCUGUGUGCUAUUAAAAUCACAGAGGCCAUCCAGUAUGUGGUGGAGUUCGCCAAGCGUAUCGAUGGCUUCAUGGAGCUUUGUCAGAAUGAUCAGAUUGUGCUGCUCAAAGCAGGCUCUCUGGAGGUGGUGUUCGUCAGAAUGUGUCGUGCCUUUGACCCUCAAAACAACACAGUCUAUUUUGAUGGAAAGUACGCAGGCCCUGAUGUCUUUAAGUCAUUAGGUUGUGACGACUUGAUCAGCUCCAUUUUUGAGUUUGGGAAAAACUUGUGUUCUAUGCACCUGUCUGAGGACGAGCUCGCCCUGUUCUCAGCGUUUGUGUUGAUGUCUGCAGAUCGCUCCUGGCUCCAGGAGAAAGUGAAGGUGGAGAAGCUACAGCAGAAGAUUCAGCUGGCCCUUCAGCAUGUCCUGCAGAAGAAUCACAGAGAGGACGGCAUACUAACAAAGUUAAUAUGCAAAGUGUCGACCCUGCGAGCGCUGUGCAGCAGGCAUACAGAGAAGCUGACCGCUUUCAAAGCAAUAUACCCGGACAUUGUGCGUACCCACUUCCCACCCUUAUACAAGGAGCUCUUUGGAUCAGACUUUGAGCAGUCCAUGCCUGUGGACGGGUAGCAGCCCCUUCGUCCGCCCCACCCUAAGGGGCCACAAACACCGUGGGGAAUGUCGUGCAUGAAUCUAAGACACUUUACCAGUGCCCUGCACAUACACACACACUCACACACAUACACAACACAGACACGUACACCAACACAUAAACAGGACAGCUAACCUGCUGCACAUACACUUUCCCUUUUUUGUCGUCCUUGUUGUUGUUUUCCUUCGGGAGGGGGUUACAGCAAAAUGACUUUUAUUUGGAGGGUUGAUUUUGUCAGGUUUAUCCCCUCUUUUUUGACACAAGUGGGAGUGGGAUCGGGAGGGCCCAGGGGACAGGAUGAGGAAAUGAAGAUGCUUGUUUUCUCUUUCUUUCUUUCUCAUUCUCUCUCUCUCUCUCUCUCUCUCUCUCACACACACACACACACACACACACACACACUCUCUCUCUCUCUUUUUCUGGCUCAACCUGAAGCACUCAUGCAUAGGACACGUACGAAUACAGAAUAUUCCCUUGAUGCUUUUGAAAUGAUCGCCAGAUCCCAUUAUGUGAAAUAUUUUAAAUUCUUCACAAAAGACAACCAUUAAUUUAAUUGGCCUUAGUAUUUGGUCUUUUUAACUGGUCGUAAAAAUAAGAAAUCACUGAGUCAUUACUUAAUACUCCCAUAAAGUUACAGAUAAGUAAGAGAUACUACCAUUUCCAAACUAAAAAAAAAAAAGGUGCACAGCUUGUUACCAAUGCAGAAAGCAUGUGCAAGGUUUAGCCACCUCUCUACUUUUUCUGUCUUUUUUUUUUAAUGGAAAGCUGCUGCUCAGAUUGUAAACCAGCAGUUGAAUACGUCAAAAGAAGAAAGCCAGAUGAGGUGAGAGAGGGGGUCAUAAGGCCGAGAGAAGGAGAGAAAGAGAAAGCAUGGGGCACGUGGAACAGAGCCGUCUGCAUGGGGUGACCCAAAACUGACGCCUUUCUAAGGACAAUCGUUUAAAAAAAAAAAAGACAGAAGAAAGAAGAAAACAUGAGUAGAAUUCUGGUAAUUCUAGUUAAAAAAAAAAAACAAUUACUUUUAGCUGUCAAGCACUUCAUCCACCGUGGUUGCUUAGUGAGAUCAUAUAAGGCCAUCUGCUAUUAAAUCCUUUUUCUGGACAGAUUAUGGCAAUUAAAUUGAGCACAGCGCCACAAUGCGAGGGUCCAUUCCACCUGUUUUUUAAUGUGCUACAGGGUAUACGGUCAUAAGUACUUACUAUACGGAAAAGAAAAGUAAUGUUUAUAGAAUCUAUUUUAAAUAACAUGUAUGAUAUUAGUAGCUAGAUUAUUCUUAAUUGUCAGAAUUGAUAAGGCACUUUUAUUUGCACCUUUCUUUAAUUUAAGACUUGUAUAUUUACUUAGUGAUGUGUUGCAUGUGCAAACAGAAGUACAAGCGAAAAACCACCAACUCACAGAGGCUACAUGAUGGAAGCUCCUUCAGGUGUGCGUGUGUGUGUGUGGAAAGUGUGUAAGGACAAGAUGGAUGCUGGGUAAAGGCUGACAGAGAGGUGUACAGGGUUUUAUCUGGGGUUUUAGUGCUCUACAGAAUGAGAAGCGCAAGCGAUCCUGAUUCGAGCAUGUCCUACAACACUGCCAAUGCACGUCUCACCUGGUCACCAGUAUAACAAGAUUUUCUCUUAAUGUAAUUCCUAUUUUCAGCACAAAUGUAAAAGCACAAUAGUUAAAUCGUUUUUGUUUAACUGCGUGUAAAGCAAGCACUUGGGUUUAGAAUAAUAAAUCUUCAUGGAGCAUUGCAAGUCAAUGGUUCCAUCUAGUGGUAAAGAUCCAACAGCAUCUUUUGGUAUCUUGAGCAUUUGUUUACUAAUGAUAUAGAUUUUCCUGUUAUAAUUCUGCCCCCCCCCUUUUUUUUUGUAGAACAGAUUUGAUUUCUACACAGCCUCUCUAUAACAGCCUUCACCCAGCUGCACUGGGAGUAAGGAGACGGUUAAAGAAUCAGAAAAAAAAUAUUCAAAGCCUUGUCUGGUAGUAGAACUUCUAUUUUUCUAAAAUGUACAGUGCAUAAGCUGAUAAAAGAAGAAGAGGGAGAGAAAGAAAGUGAGAUUAUAAAGCACUUAUUCCUGCAAUAAUACAAUUUGUUUGUCUUCAUGUUUUGUCAGAAACAGUAGUAAGUAUUAGUGCUUUAUUUUAUUUGUAUUUUUCCCCCUAGAACAUGUAAUUCGUUGUUUUAAAUUGUUAAAUCUAAGGCCUGCACCUGUGCCAUAGCAGUUUCCCCCUAAUGUUGAGUCCACAGAACAUUCCAGUUAAAGUGUAAAUGCACACAUGAUACAGGAACACCAUGCUGAUAUCCCAUGAGCAAACACUCUGCACGUCGUUAGUAAAUCUGUAGUCACUUAUAUCACCACACACACACACACACACACACCCAUCCAUCCCCCAGACACACCUUUUCAUAAUGCUCCUUGUACAAUAUAUAUAUUUUCCUCAGGGAAGAGUUUGUACUUCUAACUCUGUUUGACUCAGUUAGCGUUCAUUUCAUCGAGACAAUGAUUGGUCCUGCGCUCCGUUAUGUCCUGUACCUACUGUACAUUCUCGAUCUAUCCCAUAAUUAUCUUAGCAGGGUCAGCAUGGCUUAUUAAACCAUGUUACAAUACAACAGAAAUAAAGCAAAACCUAACAUUUAUUACCACAGACGAUGUCUUUCAGUAAUCAUGUAACUUUGAGUUAGUGCAUCUACGAUGUAUUUGGUUGAUUGUUGCUGGCCAGAGAUGCUGAAAUUACACAGAAACAUUUCAUCAGAUCUGUGAAGGACAAUCCAGCAGAACAUUUCAAAUUGGCAAUGCGUGAACUUGCAUACCAAAUGCUCAGGGAGAACAUUUUAACAUUAAAAGGACUGGGGCAGACCAUUUCUGUAAUGUAGCAGCAUAACAUUUCCUGUCGUUGAUGUUAGAUUUGAUUUCGUAUUUAAUUUUUUUUUUUAUUUAGAAGUACUUCUCUGGUCAGUGGUUAAGAUUUAUCAUCAUCUCAUGUUCACUUCGCUGACCUGUAACCAAUCCUACACGUCUCAGAAAUGUUCCAACCGGCUCAGUGCACUCACAUUAUUCUACCAACAGGGUCCAACAUCAUAGGGAAAAAAAAGACAAGCAAUGAGAUAUAAUGUCACCCCUUUUAGUGUAACUCUCACACAAAUUUGUAUGAAUCUAUGUGCCAAAUACCUCUUGUACAAUUAGCUCCACAAGCAGACUCUGCCCAUGAGCCAGGAGUGCGUAGUGUGUUACUAAUACGGGUUUCGACAGGGUAGCCACUGCUGUGGAGUUCCCUCUGAACAAGCUUUGAUACGCAGAAGACUGUUGUAAAUCUGUUUUUUUUUUUCAGUCUACUUGAUCCAUAUCGUGGUGUCCUAGUUAAUGAUAAUUUACAACGAUACCCGUUUGCACCGUUUAAUAAACUGUACUGAUUUUUUUUUUCUGUCAGUGUAGUUUGUUUUAGAUAUUAAAAGCAAUACAGGCUGUAAAGUAGAAACUUUGGACAGAUUUAUUUUUUCAAUCAAAAGUACUGAACCAUCUCUGGAUUUGUGUUAUUGACGUGUCAAUGUACAUAUUAAUCCUCCUGCUUGUGAAAGAUCCAGUUAUGCAUCACAAGUUUCCAUAGUGUGUGUUGUGUUUUGUGUGUCUUGAGAUCUUUCUACCCUCUUUCUUAAAUUUGUAAAAAGCAAUAUGAGUGUGUGUGUGUAUGCGUGAGUGAGUCAAACCCCAGACAAGGCUUUAAUAAAGUAGAUAAGGAGCAGCAGGGUCAGCUGGUGAAGUAAAUGGUAUAUGGAUAUCUUAGUUUUCCCAGGUUUUACACACUUUUAGUAGCAAGUUUGAACUCAUCCAUCAGGCUGGACAAGCAUGACACGGUGCACACCAUUAUCUUAUUCAUCUCCCUCAUGCCUACAUUAUGCAACUCUGCUGCCGACGAGCCUAUGCAGUCACAGAUACCGCAGAACGAGUUUACACUUCAUACCACCGUAAUAACUCCAUCAUUCUUUCGUAAAGAGGGCACUUAGACUGCCGGAAGCCAUUCGAAUAAAAUUCAACAUGUUCUCAUCUAGUACAUAGAAUUAAUGUGUAAUGUCAUGCUUGUGACGCCAUUUUCGAUUUUAAAGUUGAAAGUGUUAUUAAGAUGUAUAGAUUACCAAUCAUUUUCAUUGGAUUUUUUUUUUAUGUGACCUUUUAUCCCGAAAGCACAGCUAUUAAAGUGAGAUGUUUUAGAAUAUAGAGCAAAAGACAAAAAAAAAGACAAACAAACAAAAAAACUUUAGCCAUAAUCGAAUGUCAAGCAAUAAUAUAUAUGGUUUAUUAUUAUUAUUAUUAUAAUUAUUAUUCAUCUUUGUGCAUAGGCUUUGGACACCUGCAUGUAAAUACACCUUUAAUUUAUCACAUUUUCCCCUUUGUUUUCCUCUCUCUCUUUCCGAUUAUUUUGUUUUGUUUUGUUUGUAUAUUUGACUAGUUCUGUUCCCAGGUGGAGAACUAAGAACUUCAUAUGGCCUGUAAACUGUACAGCUUGAUUUCCCUCUCUUUCUCUCUCCCCCUCAGCUUUCUGCUUUUAAUUCACUAUAUUUAAUGUUAUUAUUGAUCACAUGUAUAAAAGUAACUUUGUAACAUCUGUCUGUAUAGGUUAAAAAAAAGAAAGAAAUACUGCUAUUAAGACCUACUCAGUGCAAAUAUUUAUCUGUUUAUUGGAUACAUCAUGCUGUACAGUAUCUCUGUUUUAGUAUACUUCUCUCUUUUAGAGUUAGUUUGAUAGCAGUAGGGCGUGCUGACAUUUAAUUUUGUGUUAAACUGACGUGUGGUGCUAGGUAAGUUACUUUUUGUGAACAAAAAAAAAAUCACAUACACACAACUCAUGAUUUCGUAGACAAGGCCACUCGAUUAGUUCAUUCAUUUCAUUAAGUACUGAUGCAUUCUUGAUAUUAGGACUCGAUAAAUGAUAAGGAUAUUGAUAAAGAAUAAUAAUAGUGGUAAAUUUAUUUUAAAUCCCAAGCAAGUACCUGUAUCAGUGUGCUAGUCUCGGGAUUGCACUCUUGUUUCCUUCUCACUUUAAGACUAUAAGUAAAAAGCGGUAUCAUCUAAUUAAGAUGCUAUAAUUAAAUGUCGCAUUUCUGAUUUGUCACGACUUAAAAAAAAAUAAUAAAAAUGACAAAAAAAGCUAAAGAAAAGCAGUAUUGUGUUGAUCCUUUUGAUUGUGCGAACCACUGGCUAGACUUGUAGCUGUUUGAGUUUGCAAAUGCAAUGCCUACUGGUACUUUUCUCAGAAAUCCUACGCUGGAAAAAGUCUUCACAAACCUAGAUAGAGGAGAGCGCAUACAGGAUGAUCGGAUUAUUUGGCAGCCUCAUUUUGCUUCUCUUUAGUUUUUGACUUCGCCUAGAUGACAACUUUGUGCAUAUUUAUUUUUCUGCACUAAUGUGUACGAAAUCACUGUCGAUAAUUAAUUUCAGCACGCACACACGCACGUACAUGCACACACACACACACACACACACACACACUGUGGGGUAAGCGUUAACCGUGCAAGAGGUUGAAAUCGUCAGUUGAAGGUUCAUAUUUGCUAAAAUAUUUCAUUUUCUCUGUAGCAAGUAUGACAGCUAUCCUCGCAAUAAUACACACACAUACACACACACACAAACUCCACUGAAUGCCUCUCAGUGGUCCAGGAUGCAGAAAUGAUGUAGUUUUCACUGUUCUCUGUAGUCAAAUGGUCAUGUAUUUGCACAUGUAGGUGAAUUCUAUCCAAAUACUUUGUCUUUUUUAAAGUAAAUGUUCUGUCCUUUUGUUUUAUGACCAUGUGAACGUUUUCCACCACUUGUUUUCUGUAUGUUUUAUUUCGCAAACCCUUUCUUGCACUGCACAAUGUUCCUUUCCUCCUUUCCUUUUUUGCUGAUAUGAAUAUAUAAACCUCGUGGAAUACUGGUAAAACAUGUGUUCUGAAUGGUUUUUAUUUUCAGACCCUGGUUUGCGCAUUCGUAAAGGAAAAUAGACAAUCCACUCUGUGUUCCCCUUAUUUACAAUACUUCCACUUUCUGUUUGUUAUUGCAGACAACUGACUAAUGCAUUGUAUUUUAAGUAUUCAUGUGUAUGUAAGAUAUGCAUAAUACACAUUUAGAUUUC